CCUCCCGCAUUAAACGACAGCGGUAACCGACACUCAUUGGCGCCGCUUCCCAUCCCCCAGCGUUCCGAUUGGUGAUUCCUUUCUCCAAACAGCCAAUGGGAAUGCUCAGCAAUCCAAUCCUCAUUAACAUACCACUUUAGGCGCUGCCUAUUUAAUCCGCGCUCCGGACAGCUUCUGCUUAUUAUUGUGUUUGAAACCGACGAGGAAAUGCCUGAUGCACCGAAACCCGCUCCCAAGAAGGGCGCCAAGAAAGCUCUGUCCAAACCGGCGAGCAAGUCUGGCAAGAAGCGCAAGAGGACGAGGAAGGAGAGUUACGCCAUCUACAUCUACAAAGUGAUGAAGCAGGUUCAUCCCGACACCGGCAUCUCCUCCAAGGCUAUGAGCAUCAUGAAUUCAUUCGUGAACGAUAUUUUCGAGCGCAUCGCGGGUGAGGCUUCCCGCCUGGCCCAUUACAACAAGCGGUCCACCAUCAGCUCCCGGGAGAUCCAGACCGCCGUGCGCCUGCUGCUGCCCGGGGAGCUGGCCAAGCACGCCGUGUCCGAAGGGACAAAGGCGGUGACCAAGUACACCAGCUCCAAGUAAAGCUGUCCAGUGAGAUGAUCGAAAACACAACGGCUCUUUUAAGAGCCACUCACAAUUUCAGUGGAAGAGUUGUACUAGCUUUUCGGUAAUAAAUU